AUGGUUUACAGCCCUUACUACGCCAGAGACAUGGGGUUGAUGAAUGGAUUGAAACCCUCCUGGAAGGGCCAUCGUGCAGAUCGUACCCAACAGGAUGUCAUUGACCCCGGGCUGACGGGUGAUGCUUCUCAAAUACAACAUUUCCUUCAGGAUCCGGACACGCCAGCCGUCUUCGGCAUGCACCCGAUGCCUAUGAAUAACUUUAGCUUCGGAAUGGAAGGACGACACGGAUCUCCUUCUUCCCAACAACAAUCCUCGGCAGCCAGCCCUGGGACAGAGAACGACAUAUUCUAUGACAGACCAUCCACCCCUCCAGACAUGAAGUCUCCAUUUCUACCGCAGGUGUACGACGCCUGGGAUAGCCAGAUAUCUCUGAGAGGACUCUCUUCUUGCCGGCCCGGCAGAUUUGUGAACCCCUCCGAUAUUCAUGGCAGUCAAGUUUCCCUCUGUGACUUGAAUGAAGGCGAAGGCCCUAAGGACUUCAAUCUUGGGCCUGGAUUUGACAGCUUUGACAUCAACAACCCAUCUCCUCACUACCCAGGAAAUCACAUUGCCCAUACGCCUUUACUUCGUGUCUCAAGCCCCGCGAGCGAGAUUCACGUCCGAUCAUCACUCGAUCCCGUUUACCCCGACCCUGAGAAUAUUGGCGAGGGAGCCAACUCGGCUGAAGAAGCCUCUGUCAAGCUUCCAUCUCAGACAGGAGAGAACCAGGGACGCAUGCCAACAAUCACCCGCAGCAAGCCAACUUGUGCCUCCAAGAGCGCCAACGGUCGCGGUCGCCCGAAGCGACAGGCGACUGCUUCACUCACAGAGCCAUCCAAGGUCACGAAAAAUACGUCAUCCUCUCGCACCACUAGCAGCCGCAGGCUACCUUCAACUUCUUCCCCUAUCAAGCAUACCUGCCCUCAUUGUCCCGAUAUGACUUUCAAGGAUGAUGCAACGCUCCAGAAGCACAUCAAAACCCAACACAGGCGGCCAUUCAUCUGCGUCUUCCACUUUGCCGGCUGCCCGGAGGCCUUUGCCAACAAGAAUGAGUGGAAGCGCCACGUUUCGGCCCAGCACCUGUGCCUCCAAUUCUGGUUAUGCUCCGUCACCGUAUGCGAGAACCCCCCGGAUCAGGAACAUAAAGCCUCGGGAAAGACCACUCUUGGCCGACCUUUCAGACGUAAGGAUCUGUAUACGCAACACGUUCGACGCAUGCAUCCCCCUUCACCGCCAACAGACGUGGGAAGAAGCAACAAGAACGCUUCGCGAGGGCGGGACGACCCGCUCAAGGCGAUGCAAGACUCUGCUUUCCGCAAGCGGUGCGAAACGCCAACCCACAUGCGCUGUCCCGUUAUAGGCUGCACUCUACAGUUCCAAGGUGACAAGGCUUGGGACGAUCGGAUGGAGCAUGUCGCGCGACACCUCGAGCGCGCUGCCAGCAACGAAGAGCCUCGAGUGCAGUUUGGCGGUGCUCACGAUGAUACCUUGAUCGAGUGGGCGUCAAGUGAGAGCGUCGGUGUCAUUGAACGGGCUCCAGAUGGUAGCUGGAGGCUAGGCCAGCCGCUCGAAGGCAUUCAGAACAAAUCGAAGAGAAAAUCCAGCGCUAGAGCCAGUCCUAAAGCCACCGCCGACGAAGACGCGGAAGGGGAGGCCUGCUAG